AUGGAGAAUCUGAUAUCGCUGGUGAAUAAAAUACAGAGGGCGUGCACAGCUCUCGGCGACCAUGGCGACGAGAGCGCCAUGCCCACUCUCUGGGACUCCUUGCCCUCCAUCGCCGUCGUCGGAGGCCAGAGCUCCGGCAAGUCGUCGGUGUUGGAGAGCAUUGUUGGCAAGGACUUUCUUCCUCGUGGUUCAGGGAUUGUUACGCGUCGUCCUCUGGUUUUGCAGCUGCAUAAGAUCGAUGAAGGAAGAGAAUACGCAGAGUUUAUGCAUCUCCCAAGGAAGAGGUUCACUGAUUUUGCUGCUGUGAGGAAGGAGAUAUCUGAUGAGACUGACAGAGAGACCGGCCGCUCGAAGGCGAUUUCAAGCGUCCCAAUCCAUCUUAGUAUCUUCUCCCCUAAUGUUGUGAACUUGACACUGGUUGAUCUUCCUGGACUCACAAAAGUAGCUGUUGAUGGUCAACCGGAGGGCACAGUCCAGGACAUCGAGGAUAUGGUUCGGGCCUUCAUUGAGAAGCCCAACUGUAUUAUUCUGGCAAUUUCCCCUGCUAACCAAGAUCUUGCUACUUCUGAUGCAAUUAAGAUCUCUCGUGAAGUAGACCCUAAAGGGGAGAGGACGUUUGGAGUUCUGACAAAGAUUGAUCUUAUGGACCAGGGUACAAAUGCAGUUGAAAUUUUGGAAGGACGAUCAUAUAAGCUACAGUUCCCUUGGAUUGGUGUUGUCAAUCGCUCCCAAGCGGACAUAAACAAGAGCAUCGAUAUGAUUGCUGCUAGGCGUAGAGAGCGUGAAUAUUUUUCAAGUAGCGCAGAGUACAGGCAUCUUGCAAACAGGAUGGGUUCUGAGCAUUUAGGAAGGGUGCUUUCUAAGCAUUUGGAAGUUGUCAUCAAGUCACGAAUUCCAGGCCUUCAAUCUCUCAUCAGCAAAACUAUUGGUGAACUAGAAUCAGAACUAAGCCGACUUGGGAAGCCCAUUGCUGCUGAUGCUGGAGGAAAAUUAUAUGUGAUCAUGGAAAUAUCUCGCACUUUUGAUCAGAUAUUUAAAGAACAUCUCGAUGGCGUGCGCUCUGGUGGUGAGAAAAUUUAUGGUGUGUUUGAUAAUCAAUUUCCAGCUGCUUUGAAGCGGUUGCAAUUUGACAAGCAACUUUCAAUGGAUAACAUCCGAAAGCUAAUUACUGAAGCAGAUGGAUAUCAGCCUCAUCUAAUUGCUCCUGAACAAGGAUACCGUCGCCUUAUUGAAUCUUCACUGAUAUGCAUCAGAGGUCCUGCAGAGGCAGCUGUUGAUGCGGUUCAUGGCAUAUUGAAGGAUUUGGCUCAGAAGUCUAUAAGUGAGACAACGGAACUAAAGCAGUAUCCCCCUUUAAGAGUGGAAGUUGCAAAUGCAGCUUUUGAGUCCCUGGAAAGGAUGAAAGAAGAAAGCAAGAGAGCCACUCUGCAGCUGGUUGACAUGGAGUGUGGUUACUUGACUGUUGACUUCUUCCGCAAGCUUCCUCAAGAUAUUGAGAAGGGUGGAAAUCCCACAGUCUCACUUUUCGAUCGAUACAAUGAUUCAUACCUCCGCCGGGUUGGACACAACGUCUUGAACUAUGUCAACAUGGUUUGCUCGAGUUUAAGGAUUGCUAUUCCUAAGUCCAUUGUCUACUGCCAAGUACGAGAGGCCAAACGCUGCUUGCUCGAUCAUUUCUUCGCAGAGUUGGGUGCAAAGGAGGCAAGGCAGUUGGCUAAGUUGCUGGAUGAGGACCCAGCAGUGAUGCAGCGGCGGACGUCCCUUGCAAAGAGGCUAGAGCUGUACAGAAGUGCUCAGUCUGAGAUUGAAGCAGUUGCUUGGUCCAAGUAG